UAUUCUCCUUAGAAACCUACUAAUUGUGGUUAUAAUGAUACAGUUGUAACAGUGGGAUUAUAAGAAGAAUAUUGAUAGAACAUUGUGACAGGACAGGUUUUUUUGUAUAAUAAACCUUAUCGAUGUUCUGAAAUGUCUUUUUCCAUUAUAGGUUCCCCGGGCUCCUGCAAAUUCAUUCAUUCAGAAGGCGCUGGCUGAGAGAACAGAGACUGGAGGUGCUUGUGCCUAUCAGAAACAACCUGAUUUUGUGUAAGUUAAACUGUAAACGGUACCAAUACUGUUACAUAGAAGAAUAUUCACUGAUGUGACUAAUCGUGACUUUUAUUUCCAUUCAGUCGUCAGACCUCUUUGAUCUCCACUGACGACUUCCAGUUCUGCCGAUGGCUUGGCAGCGGAUGUUUUGGACAGGUCUAUCAGGCAAAACAUAAGGAAAGUGGGAAGAUGCUCGCCAUCAAACUCGUUGACAAGGCUUCUUAUUAUGAAAAUGAAAUAAUUGAAAGGCUUUUCCUGGAGAGAGACAUAUUGAGAUUGGCGAGGAACUCCAGGAACCCUUUCCUCGUGAGUCUAUUCUGCUCUUUCCAGAGUGAGCACCAUGCCUACAUAGCCAUGGAAUUCGCUGCUGGAGGCAGUUUAGCAUCCCGGCUGGAGAAUGGAGCUCUCCCCUAUGAAAGCACUUUAUUCUAUUCUGCGUGCAUCGUCCUAGGGAUCAAGUUCUUACAUGAGAACCGUAUUGUCCACCGAGAUUUAAAACCGGACAAUGUUGUUAUAGACAGCGCUGGAUAUGCCAAACUGGCAGAUUUUGGAGUGUGCAGAGCAGGUAUUGAAUACCGAUCUGAAAUGAGCUACCCGUGUGGAGACUGGCGUUACGCAGCUCCUGAAAUACUCAGAGAAGACCCCUAUAACAGAUCAGUGGACUGGUGGGCUUUAGGUGUCACUAUGUAUGAAAUGGCUGUUGGCGAAGUAAGUACAAAGCACCCACUGAUGGAUCCCAUUAGGCUCUAGAAUUCUGUCUUCUUUUUAUUUGAUUGUGUAGAGUAU